UCAUGAUCUCAGGCUGGCCGCUGCAGAAGUUUGGCUUGAUGAAAGUUCAGAGCGCGGAAGUGAAGAGAAACUUUCGCAUGAAUCUCUGCAAGAGAGCGACACUUUCCGCGUUUGAGUGUGGAUAAGGAUGAUAAUGAUGAGACGGAUCCGCCAGUCUGUCUGAGGAAACACGGAGUUGCACUGUUCUGUGAGGCUUUAUUUCAGGUCUGAUUAUGGGGUUACCGACUCUAGAGUUCAGUGACUCUUUUGUGGACAGUCCGGACUUUAGAGAGAGACUCAAAUGUCACGAGAUCGAGCUGGACCGAACAAACACGUUCAUCAAAGAGCUGAUUAAAGAUGGACACCAGCUGAUCUGCGCGCUCAAGAACCUCUCGGCAGCCGUGCAGAAGUUCUCCCAGUCUUUACAGGAGUUCCAAUUUGAGUGCAUUGGUGAUGCAGAAACGGAUGAUGAAGUAAACAUUGCUCAGUCCUUCAAAGAGUUUUCCCAGCUGCUGAGCACCAUGGAAGAGGAGAGAAGGCGGCUGAUACAGAAUGCUGAUGAUGUUCUGAUCACACCCUUGGAGAGAUUCCGGAAAGAGCAGAUCGGAGCAGCCAAGAUACAGAAUGCUGAUGAUGUUCUGAUCACACCCUUGGAGAGAUUCCGGAAAGAGCAGAUCGGAGCAGCCAAGGAGGGGAAGAAGAAAUUUGACAAGGAGACGGAAAAGUACUAUUCCUCACUGGAAAAACAUCUCAACCUGUCGUACAGAAAAAAAGAAUCAGCUCUCCAAGAGGCUGAUACUCAGAUUGAUAAGGAAAGGCAACUCUUUUAUGAUGCCUCUCUAGAAUAUGUCUUCAAAAUCCAGGAGGUUCAAGAGAAGAAGAAAUUUGAAUUUGUUGAGCCGACUCGUAGCUCUCCUCAUCGGCAUUUGGGAUGCACAUGGACACGCCAUUAUUGUACAUACGAAAAAGGCUGCAACAUAUUCAGCAUGUGCAACACAGAGGCAAAACCCACAGCUAAACAGAACGGUGUCACGUCAAAUCCCACAGAGAAGUUCAGACUGAAGUCCUGUAUCAGGAGGAAGACUGACUCGAUUGAUAAGCGCUUCUGUUUUGACAUUGAGGUGGUUGAAAGGCAUGGCAUUAUCACGCUACAAGCGCUGUCUGAGUCCAACAGGAGACUCUGGCUGGAAGCUAUGGAUGGCAAAGAGCCGAUCUACAACCUUCCUGCUAUUCUGAGCAAGAAAGAGGAGACAUAUUUAAAUGAAGCUGGCUUUAAUUUUGUGAGGAAGUGUAUACAGCUGGUGGAGGUGAGAGGGCUCAACACUAUGGGUUUGUACAGAGUCGGUGGAAUAAACUCAAAAGUGCAGAAGCUCAUGACCACAGUCUUCUCACACAAAGCAGCGUCAGACAUGGAUCUGGACCCAGAUACCUGGGACAACAAAACCAUCACCAGCGGCCUCAAGAAUUACCUCAGGUGUCUUUCUGAGCCUCUCAUGACAUACAAGCUCCACUCAGACUUCCUCUUGGCUGUCAAAUCUGAUGAUCAGAACUACAGAGUGUGUGCAGUUCACGCGCUGGUGCAUAAACUACCUGACAAAAACAAAGAGAUGCUGGAGAUAUUAAUCAAACAUCUACUCAAUGUGUCCACUCACAGUGAGAGUAACAUGAUGACCGUGUCCAAUCUGGGAGUGAUCUUUGGCCCUACGCUCAUGCGCUCCCAGGAAGAAACUGUUGCUGCCAUGAUGAACAUCAAAUUCCAAAAUAUCGUGGUAGAAAUUCUCAUUGAACAUUUUGAAAAGACAUUUCAUCAAGCGCCGGACCCUAAUGUUCCCCUGCCACAGCCUCAUUCUUGUCCAGGGUCUCGCAGGAGCAGAGCCAUCUGUCUCUCAUCUGGACCACGCAAACCCAAGAGCCUCUACACACCCUCAAUGUGCCUGGCAGACGCGGACAGUGACACGUUCAGCAGUAGUUCAGGCAGCACUCCAAUCGGCAGUAUGGACUCCCUCUCCUCCCACUCCUCAGAGCAGAACAGCUCCUCCAAAACCUGCUCCUCUCCACAGCCCAAAGACAAGCCCCCCUUCCCCGGCCUGCGACAUACCCCUUCCUCCCUGUCCUCCAGCGAGCCGCAGGGCCCCACCUGCACCAGCAGUCCAGACUCCAGCUCCAGAGAGGACACGGGCCGUGUGGAUUGGGAGGACUCCUGUAGGGUGAACUCAGCCUCAGCAGCUGCCAGGUCUUCACCAGCACCCACAAAGGCUCCUCACUCUGAAGUAGGAAUCAAAUCAGCACAACUUAACCGCUCGAACGCCCCAUCUCUAAGAUCUUUACACAUCACAGAAGGUCGUAAGAGCUGUAUGGUGUCUGUGCACAAUCUAGCAUGUGUGGAGCAUAAAGACGGUACCAGAUCCACCGCCUACCACGAUCUGCCACCUAAAACGGUCCUGCGCCGAAAGCUGGACAACAGCAGCUCUACCAACGGCUAUCAGAGACCAGGAUCAGUGGUGGCUGCCAGAGCGCUGCUUUUUGAGAACCCAUCAGCUGUAAAACCUCCUCCCUUGGGAAGAGAUGCCAAAGCCAUAUAUUCAUGUGAAGCUGAACACAGCAAUGAGCUGAGCUUCCCACAGGGGGCUCACUUCUCCAACGUGUAUCCUUCAGUGGAACCAGGCUGGCUCCAGGCAACAUUUGAGGGCAAGAAAGGCCUCGUUCCUGAAAAUUACGUGGUGUUCCUCUGACAGCGUCCAACCAGAAGGGGCCAAGCAUUUCAUGGUAUCCAUGGUAACAUCAAUUUUAGACCAAGGGCUUUAACUAUAUAUCAAUGGAAUGUAAAUGGAAUUCAUGUAAGUGAAAUUAAGAGAUCAUGGAUGGUACACAAACCUCAAUGAUGCAGUACAAGGGUGAUUAAUGUCAACUGGGUUUCAAAGCUUUUGCUGAGGCUGAAAUGUUAAAAUGAACAUCAUGUGCUGCUUGAGUCUAGAUACACAAAUUCACAUACACUGAGAUCAGGAGGUGCGAUGGACUGCACUAAAUGGUCAUUUUAGGUCUACUGUACUAUGUGGUGGAAUACUGUAAUUCUGUUAAGAAAGGUCAGAAAAUAGGUCUAAAAGACAGACUUUCUUUUAUUUUAGCUCCAUGCUAACUGCCUUGAAAUAAUGGAGAAGAAUGUUAAACCUCAGCCGUAACUAUUUGAGCUGUGAAUCACUGUCAUGUUUAACUCAGUUCAGCAGAAACUCUGCUUUGUGUGUGGUUUAUUUUAUCGUGAAUGUACUUGCUUUUACUGUCAUUAGUGUUCAGAAGUCUGAGACCACAUUGUUAGGAUUUUUGAAUAUUUUAAACAGAGAAAUUAAACGGAGAAACAAAAUGAACACGAAUUUCUGCAAUAUUUCUAGAUGACUAAUAAUUAAGUUUAGGUUUUAGGUAAAUUGUGAUAUUAACCCUCUGGUCAAAUUUCCAGCUUAACACUGAAGCACAAGAUUCUCUUUGGAACAUUUUUAAAUCAUGCUGAAGAACAAGAUCAUUGGCUUUGCUUACGCAGCUUGAGUGCUGCUGACAUUAAAGGGACGAAAAAUUAUAUUUACACAUUUUCAGUUAUAAUAUUCAUAUUCAUCACAUUAUGCUGUUAAUAAAAUGCUUUGAAAGUAAAAAUGAAUAAAAAUGCCCAGCGGGCACCUUGAUAUCAU